AUAUCGAUAUUCUCCUGCCACAAAAACACCGAUUAUUUCCUAAUCAAGCAUUUUUGCCGUGAUGUUUGUGUUCUCUUUCUGAAUAUUUCCGCAAUUUCCCGGUGAAAAUGCUACUAAAAGAGCAAAUAAAGUUCGACAUUGAAUGGGGGCACGAGCGGCUCGUUCGGGCACAGCAGGCAGUUGAAUUGCGCCCCUAUGAUUUGGAAUCGUGGUCUGUGCUCAUCCGCGAGGGGCAGAGUCGUCAUGUGCACGAAGUACGAUCCCUCUAUGAAUCCCUGGUGUCGGUAUUCCCGACAACAGCACGCUACUGGAAGAUCUACAUUGAACAGGAAAUGCGAGCCCGGAACUACGAAAGAGUGGAGAAACUCUUUCAACGAUGCCUCGUGAAGAUUCUCAACAUUGAUCUGUGGAAGCUCUACUUGACCUAUGUGAAGGAGACUAAAUCCGGGCUCAGCACCCACAAGGAGAAAUUAGCACAAGCGUAUGAUUUUGCAUUGGAGAAAAUUGGCAUGGAUCUCCAUUCGUAUUCCAUCUGGUCGGAUUACAUACAAUUCCUCAAGAGUGUGGAAGCCGUUGGGAGUUAUGCGGAAAAUCAGAAGAUCACAGCUGUCCGGAAGGUGUAUCAGAAGGCCGUUGUUACACCAAUAAUUGGCAUUGAGAUCCUCUGGAAGGAGUACAUUGCCUUUGAGCAGAACAUCAAUCCAAUUAUUUCGGAAAAGAUGAGCUUGGAACGUUCACGGGACUACAUGAAUGCCCGACGUGUGGCGAAGGAAUUGGAGAUUGUUACGCGUGGGCUGAAUCGGAAUCUCCCAGCAUUGCCACCGAAUCUCAGUAAGGAUGAGAUGAAGCAGGUGGAGCUGUGGAAGAAGUAUAUUGCAUUUGAGAAGUCAAAUCCACUGAGGAGUGAGGACACCGCCCUCGUGACACGUCGUGUGAUGUUUGCCACGGAACAGUGUCUCCUUGUGCUCACGCAUCAUCCAGCUGUGUGGCAUCAGGCAGCCCAAUUUCUCGAUCAAAGCUCCAAAUUGCUCACGGAGAAGGGUGACGUGAAUGCGGCGCGUGCUUUCAGCGAUGAAGCCGCCAAUGUGCUGGAACGUGCUACAAACGGCGUGCUGAGUCGCAAUAUGUUGCUGUAUUUUGCUUAUGCUGACUUCGAGGAGGGGCGCAUGAAGUAUGAGAAAGUGCAUCAGAUGUACAAUAAAUUCCUCUCAAUUCCCGACAUUGAUCCCACACUCGCCUACGUGCAGUACAUGAAGUUUGCACGACGUGCUGAAGGGAUUAAAUCCGCCAGGGCAGUGUUCAAGAAUGCCCGUGAGGACAUCCGUUCGCGCUAUCAUGUGUUCGUCGCAGCGGCCCUCAUGGAGUACUAUUGCAGCAAAGACAAAGACAUUGCUUUUCGCAUCUUUGAGUUGGGCCUAAAACGUUUUGGUGGUAGCCCGGAGUACGUAAUGUGCUACAUUGACUACUUGUCGCAUCUCAAUGAGGACAACAACACACGCGUUCUCUUUGAACGAGUUCUCUCCUCGGGUGGUCUUACACCCCAUUUAUCCGUUGAAGUAUGGAAUAGAUUCCUCGAAUUUGAAUCAAAUAUCGGCGAUUUAUCGAGUAUUGUGAAGGUGGAGCGUCGUCGUAGUGCAGUGUUGGAGAAUUUGAAGGAAUUCGAAGGGAAGGAAACAGCCCAACUUGUUGAUCGCUACAAAUUCCUCGAUCUCUACCCAUGCUCCUCCGUUGAAUUGCGUUCCAUUGGCUAUUCCGACACAAAAGGCAUACUCACAUCCAAAGCCACAACCACCACAGAUGCCACAGAGAACAUCAAUCAACUGCCACGUCUUGAUUUAUCACAGAUGAUCCCCUAUAAGCCCAAACCCAACGCCUUCCCCGGGGAACAUCCCCUUGGCGGUGGAACCUUCCCCCAACCACCAGCAUUGGCGGCUCUGUGUGCCCAAUUACCACCACCAGUCUCCUUCCAGGGUCCUUUUGUUUCCGUGGAGCACCUAAUUGACAUUUUCAAUCGCAUCCAAUUGCCCGAACCACCCGUACCAACGGGUGAGAAUGGUUUCAACACAAAACUCUUCGAUUUGGCCAAAUCUGUGCACUGGAUUGUCGACGAUAGCACCUACACGGGUGAAGGGGGUCUCAAGAGGAGACGCAUUGUGCCCGGUGGUGAUGACAGUGAUGACGAUCAAGCAGCUCCGGUGCCACCAUCCAAUGAUAUCUACCGUCUGAGGCAACAAAAGAGAUUCAACAAACGUACAUACUUUACGUGAAAAAUCUGUUUUGUCAUAAAUACAAAAAAAUGUAAUAAAUUGAGAAAUUUUAAUGUGAAUUUGGGAAAAUAUAAAAAAUGUUUUUUUCUUGGAA